GUAACAAACAGUCCGGUAGAAAAGGCUUUGUGAGUGUGAGAGUACGGAGGGGAUUGGAAAUGGAGGCAGUGAAGAGAUCCACGGAGAAAGGUAAAAGAAGUGGAGGCGACAAGAACGCCGGCCCAUCCAUUGACGAUGUCGUGCGAUUAAUGUUCUACGAUCACUUUUUCGGGGACGGCCUCAGCUUCGAUCUCACUGAACCCGGUCAUGUUGUCGGUUCCUUCAAAGUCCCUGAUCGCAUGCUGAAUGCUGAAAAUUUCCUUCGUGGUUGGGCCAUGGCAACCCUGACAGGAUUGGUAGGGUCUGCUGUACUAUCCACCGUUGGAGCUCCUAAAACCGGAGAUUCAUUUGAGACCUAUAUUCCCCCCUACUUGGAUACGGUUUAUGUUGAUGAUGAAGUUGAAGUUGAGGCCAAGGUUUUGAGUGUUGGAAAGAUUAUUGGCGUUGUCUCUGUUGAGCUGAGGAAUAAGAAAACUGGGAAGACUAUCGUCCACACACGCCAUGCUGAGUACUUUCAAGAUGGUAAUAGUAGAUGUAGAAUGUGAAAAAAUUGCAUCUGACCAAGAGUCAGAAUUUCAUCACUUUGUCAUUCAUAUGAGUAGCUGAUCUUUGUUUCUUCUCUUCCCUGUCAAAUAAACUUUAAAAUCAUUCAUUUUUGUUAGAAGUCUCCACAUCAUAGCAGAAUUCGUUUUCAGUGUUUGACAGGGAAAACAACUGCUUUUUCUUGUGUUUGGGCUUGAUGAUGGUCUUAAUUCAUCAAAACCCAGAAUUGUUUGUAGACUAAUAUGUUGAUACUUCGUAAGGCAAGUGCUCUUUGAAUUGCCGGAUUGGUUAA